UCGGAGGCAAGUAACGUCUUUCAAUAUUUGAUUUUUUUUUUAUCGUUUUUGAACUCCGAUUUUGUGGCUUCAGUUGCAGAGGACUUGAUUCAGAGAAACAAGGCAGUUGAUAAUAUUAAGUUUUCUCAAAUAUUGAAUAAGUCUUGCAAUAGCAUAGUAAGCAUUUAUCGGGGAUAUGUUCUCAGUAAUAGAUAAAAAGUAAAGUAGUAAAUGGUUAUUAUAAUGACUGCAAUGGGAGCCGAUGUACAAGGACCUCUGAGAGAGGCUUUGUAUGAGACAUUAACUGGAAUUCUGUCCCCUCAUCGAGAUACUCGUCAGGCAGCAGAACAGAGGAUUCAAGCUUUAGAAGUUACAGAAGAAUUUGGAAUUCAUUUGACAGAAUUUGUGAUAGAUCCUAAUGGAUAUUUACCUAUCAGGCAGCUAGCUUCUGUAUUAUUAAAGCAGUAUGUGGAAACCCAUUGGUGUUCUGUUGCUGAAAAAUUUCGACCACCAGAAAUAAAGCAUGCGACAAAGGAAAUAAUCAAAAAGCUACUGCCGUUGGGACUUAGAGAAUCUAUUAGUAAGGUACGUACAGCAGUAGCAUAUGCAAUAUCAGCCAUUGCCCACUGGGAUUGGCCUGAAAAUUGGCCAGGAUUGUUCGAUAUACUGGUCAGUUGUUUAAGCGGAGAAAACGAAUAUGCCGUGCAUGGAGCAAUGAGAGUCUUAACAGAAUUCACCUCUGACCUUACUGAUACUCAGUUGCCUAACGUGGGACCAGUUAUUCUGCAAGAAAUGUAUAGAAUAUUUCAAUGUGAAAAUCAAUAUUCCAUUAGAAUCCGCGGGCGCGCGGUUGAAAUAUUCACCACGAUCACGUCAUUAGUAGCUGCAACAGAACCUUAUCAGAAAGGAUUCACAGAGCAAUAUCUGCAACCAGUUAUUCCUAUGUUCUGCGAAAAAUUUGUCCAAUGUCUACAAGUGCCUGAUGGCCCAACUAUUGAUAGUGGGCUUAAAACUGACGUUAUUAAAGCUAUAAAUUGCCUUGUUACUAAAUUACCUAAACACGUGUCAAGUUUUCUGCCACAAAUGUUGCCUCCCAUGUGGGAAACUUUAACGCAAAGCGCAAAAAUUUAUCAAGAGGGAACAGUAAACGGAGAGAGAGAAGCAAACGACAAAGAAGUAGAUUCCGAUGGUGAAAUAAUUAACUUCAAUAAUCUAAUUAUCGCGAUUUUCGAAUUUGUUCAUUCUAUUGUGGAUCGUAAGCGAUUCUCAAACCUCCUGGAUAACUUGCUGCAAGAUGUUAUGUACUAUUUGAUCAUUUUUAUGCAAAUAACCGAAGAUCAGAUCGAAUUAUGGUCAACAAGCCCCAAUCAGUUCGUAGAAGAAGAGGACGCGUACGCCUAUAACGUUCGCAUUUCUGCUCAAGAGCUUUUAACAGCUCUUGUUAAUUAUUCCGAAGACAAGUCAAUAAACGUUCUUUGCGAAGUGGUUACACGGCACAUCGAAGCAACAAGUAGACUGCAAACCGCAAAUAGUAGUGGCGAUAACAACGAGUCUUGGUGGAAAUUACGCGAAUCUUGCAUUUUAGCCUUGAGUAAAAUUAAAGAUUCUGUGGUGGAGAAGCAUACUUCUAGAAUGCUUCAGUUCGAUAUUAUUAGAUUUUUAGACACGGUUGUUUUAGCUACCCUAAACGAUUCAGGAGCUCCGCCAUUACUUCUUGGUCGCUGCUUAUGCGUCGGCGGAAAAUAUGUCGAGAUAAUGCCGCCAGAGAUGAGUUCACGUUUCUUGGAGGCAACAGUAAAUGGUUUACAAGAAAGUCAGCCAGCCUGCAUUCGUAUCAGUGCUGUGAAGGCCAUUUACUGGUUUUGCAAAGCGUCAACCACGGAAAUCAACAGCACUAUCGGCAAUAUCAUACGAUCUCAUUUGCCAAAUAUAUUUCAAGGACUUUUCAAUCUAGCCAAUCAGCCCUCUACGGAGGUUCUGAUCUUGGUCAUGGAGACCUUCCAAGAGUUGAUUUCGAUGGAUAAAGCGUUUACUGCAUCGGUAGAAAACAAAAUUUGUCCCCUAACUAUUGCUGUGUUCUUGAAAUUGUAUAGCGAUCCAGUGAUUUUGGAUUUGUGUCAAGACAUAUUCAAGAGUCUGACUCAGAAUCCAGACUGCAUCGGACCAUUGCAGACACGUCUUAUACCGACACUGACGAGUAUGAUGGCUGUAGCCCCGAUUGAUAAAUCGAAAGACGAGAGAUGUGGACACGUAGCCUUAGAUGUUCUGCAAGUCUUGGUGCAGUACUCUCCAAGACCGUUGAGCAGUGCGCUGGUCGAAACUGCUUUUCCUGCCUCGUGUCAUUGUAUUCUUAAUUCGGAAGAUAACGAAACGUUGCAGAGUGGAGGCGAAGUGAUACGCACUUACCUUUCCGUCGCGGCGCGACAAGUCACGGUUCAUCGUGAUAACGACGGACAAACUGGUUUGCAGUACAUAUUGCAGAUAGUUGCUCAGCUUCUGAAUCCACAGUCAAGCGAGUUCACUGCCACUUUCGUUGGACGGCUGGUGACGACUUUGAUCAGAAAGGCGGGUGACACGCUGGGCGAGAACUUGGAUCUGUUGUUGAAGGCUGUAUUGAGCAAAAUGCAACGGGUGGAAACGUUGGUGGUGGUGCAAAGUUUGCUCAUGAUAUACGCCCAUCUGAUAAACACGGAAUUCGACGCCGUCCUAAACUUUUUGUCUACCGUGCCCGGUCCGACCGGACAGAGCGCGCUCGCCUUUGUGCUUACCGAAUGGGUCAGCAGGCAGCACCUGUUCUUCGGGAGAUACGACCGGAAGGUGGCCACGGUCGCGCUUUGUAAGAUUCUCGAGUAUGGCGUUACUCACGGCGACAGUCGGUUGAAUGAAAUCACUGUUAAGGGAGAUCAAAUAUUUUCAGGGCACGAGGAAGGUGUGAGGACUAGAAGCAAAGCGGAAUCGCAGCCUUAUCAGUGGACCACGAUACCUGUAUUGGCCAAGAUUUUCAAGUUGAUAAUCAACGAGUUGUCAAACGACCUUGAAGCAGUUGCCGCGAAUCAAGAUUCCAGCGAAUCGGACGACGACGAGGAGGGUGACGGUGACAACGCUUUUUUGGAUCCAGGCUACGAAACCAUGUUACUGUUAGAGGAAGCCGCGAACGAAGCGGAGGAGGAAGAAGAAGAUCCAGAGUUGUUGGAGGACUCGAUCUACCACUUAAAUCUUGGCCAAUAUUUGCGUGACUUCUUGCUAAACUUUUCUACGCAUCAUUGUUUUCCAGCUUUCGUUCAGCACCUGAAUAUUCCGGAACGAAAGGUGCUGGGCAGUUUGAAUAUCAAUGUAUCGUUUAUGUAAUGCAUAAGUAGAUAUGUCGAUGAUGAAAUUUUUGAUUUUCAUAAUAAAACAUACAAUUUUUUGUAUGUCCUUUUUUUCCCACA